GGGUUGCCGACCCCUGCCCUACACUCUAUAGUGGGAAAAAUCAGGACACCAAGCUGUAAUAUUUCUAUCAGAAAUAUUCUGCGGUUGGAUACCUGAGACGGCUCCACUCCGAAAGAUAAUUCUCAGGUUUCAUCAGGGGGCAGCUUUGGACAUAGUUUUGAAAUCUGAAACCAAGGAGCAAAUAAAAGAACAUGUGAGACCAUGACUACCUUCACUCCAGAGGACUUUGGCUUCACCUUGCUGGAGGAUGGGACUUCUGUCCAGGAUGUCAUCGAUCAGAAGAUCGACACGUUGCGUGCGGAGGAGUCCAAAGAGGCUUUCUUUGUGGCGGACCUGGGGGAGGUGGUGAGGAGGUACCAGUUGUGGGUACGUGAGAUGCCUCGAGUCACGCCCUUCUACGCCGUCAAGUGCAACGACAGCCUUCCCAUUGUCAAGACGCUUGCGGCCCUGCAGACGGGGUUCGACUGCGCCAGCAAGUGUGAGAUGCAUCUCAUAACGUCUCUCGGGGUGGACCCCAGCAGGAUCAUCUUUUCCCACACCAUCAAGCCGCCCACCUACCUGAAAUACGCCACUUCCCUUGGGAUCCAGAAGAUGACCUUCGACAACGAGGCAGAGCUUGUUAAGAUCGUCUGUCUUAACAGUCAUGUAUUGAGACAAAAAAAAAAAAGAUUGUCAUUCUUAUCAAGUACAAAAAAUGUUAGGCAAUUUACAGCAAUUGUCCCCUUUGGCUAAUCUUGAAUCAGUGGUUGUGGUGCUGCUUGAUUAUAAGCCAAUGAAAUUAACUAUUUCCCUGUAAGAUCCAUGAGCAUCAGAUCAGGGUGUAUUGCCAAUUUCCAUCAUAUACAAUUUCUGAAUGUAUGUCUCAAUUUUAAAUCUAGACCAAAGAAUACAAGAGUUAUGGUAAGCAAAUGUCCCAUGUAAGCAUGUGCCAAAUACAUUUUGUCCCAUUCA